AUGCUAGAGUGUUCAUCACAGGGCAAUGCAGAGCUGCCCUACAGCUGCGAUGCGGUCACAGAAAAAGAAAUCAGACAAUGGCACAAAGGUUUUCUUAAAGACUGUCCGAAUGGCCUGCUGACGGAACAAGGUUUUAUUAAAAUUUACAAACAAUUCUUCCCGCAAGGAGAUCCCAGUAAAUUCGCUUCACUGGUGUUUCGUGUCUUCGACGAGAACGAGGAUGGUGCGAUUGAGUUUGAGGAGUUCAUUCGAGCGUUAUCGAUUACAUCGCGCGGUAACCUGGACGAAAAGCUGCAAUGGGCAUUCCGGUUGUACGAUGUGGACAAUGACGGCUACAUAACGAGAGAGGAAAUGUAUAACAUAGUGGAUGCAAUAUACCAAAUGGUGGGUCAACAGCCGCAAACGGAGGAAGAGAAUACACCGCAAAAACGCGUCGAUAAAAUAUUCGAUCAAAUGGAUAAAAAUCACGAUGAUCGUUUAACGCUCGACGAAUUUCGUGAGGGUAGUAAAGCUGAUCCACGUAUAGUACAGGCGUUAAGUUUAGGUAGUGAUUAACCAAAAGAGACUUAGUUUAAUUCUGCUACGGAUUAAACGAGGAACCCAACAAACGAUGAAAAUUUACAAAAAGAGUAAAUAGUAAAGCGAAUAAAACCAAAAAACAAAAAAAAAAGGAAAUAAAUAUAAACUAUUAAUAAAAUACAACAAAAUCAAGAAACACAGCAGAAUACGUAUGUAUGUAGGUGGGUAGUAGUAGUAGAGAGAGUUUUUUGCAGUAUUCAUAACGUGUGAGAGAGAGCAGUAAAGUAAUGUGUCAUAAUCAAAACGGGAAAACUAACAAAUAAAUUUCACACACAUACAACCAUUUGCUGUGAGCAUGGGUUGCCAUACACACAUAAGCAAGUGCAUAUCGGCCGAAGAGCAUCCGUGUGUUGCACUUGUGAGCAUAUGCGUAUAUGUACAUACACAUUCACACACACAAAGUUACUCGUUAGUGAGCUAGGCUAAAUAAGAAAUACUACUACAAUAAAACAAACAAAGGAGAUACACGUAAAAAGGGCAAGCGGUAGAAAAGCUUCGAAUAACUAAAAACAAAUAAUGAGUUUUGAAAAUGCAAAAACACACAAACAACAAAUAGUGAAUUACAGACAUAAUCUUCUGCAUGUAGGUGAAGCGAGUUUAGUGUAGAAAAAUCAGUAAGUGGAAACAGACAGCAAGUGGCUGUAUGUACCGUUAGUGUGCGCUUGCAAGGCGCACACAUACACAUGCAAGACGCACACGUGCACAUGCAAGACAUUCGCAACACACACACAGACAUAGUUUUAGUGUAUUCAACGAAACGAAAAUCAAAAUCUGCCCCAAAUUGGCGGAUAAGCAGCCAAAGCAGCCCACAAAAUUUAUAGAAAAACUAAAAUAAAGUAAAAAGUAUUUAAGUAAAAACAAAAAAAAAAAAUAAUUGAUCAACUUCUAGGCAGCAAACACGCAAAACGUGCAGGUUAAUUUCAGCGCAGGAAAUAUAUUGGAAAUCAUGGCAAACAAAAAUUGCGUAAUAAAUUGGAAAUUAAGCAAAGGCGUAAAAGGUCGAAUACAAAGGUGCGUUUAAAAACAAAAAACAAAAACAACAAUAUAAAAUUAAAUACAAAAUUAAACAAUAAAUUAAAAAAGUAUUUCCACACAGCAAAUUACACUUUCUAUUUAAAAUAUGUACAUAUAGAAAAUAUUAAAUUAAAUUAACUUCUAUAAUAUGAUACACAAAAAAACAAAAAUUAUAACGAAAUAUUUUGCUUAAAAUUUUAAAGGCGUGAAUUGUUUGAGAAGCGCAAGUUAGGCCGCUAAAAGAAAAAUAUUAAUAACGAAAUGCAUAAAAUUGAACCAAAAAAAUUAAAAAAAAAAAUAUAAAUGAAACGAAAUUGUUAUGAACAA